AUGUUUUGGUAUACAACUCAAAAAGAUUAUGUAACAGCUGUAUUAUCAUUAACAAAAAUUGCUCGAUUUAAUGGUGUAGUUUUUGAAGAUGUAUUUCGUGAAGCACGUGAUUUUCUACGUGGUAAACGUUCCAAAGGAAUUCAAUGUGAUUUUCAACCAUUACUUCGACUUGAGGAUAUUCAAUUGUUGGGUUCAAAAUAUCCCGAUUUUGAUAUGGUUGAUUUACAAGCAACAACAAGUAAAAAAAAUACAUUAUCACAACGUAUUGUACAAGUAUUAACUGGUCAUCAUUAUUAUCCAACAUUAUCAACAUUUUAUCCGACUGAUUAUCUUCAUUCGUCAAUAUUAAGUAUUUAUUUACUUGUUAUGUGCGGUCUUUGGCUUGUUAGUUCAUUAACAGAAUAUAGUCUUGAAACAUCAGUUUUGACUCAACAUUUAACAGAUCAUUUUUUUCUCAAUUAUUUCUAUACACAUCUUAUACAAGUUGCUUCGUUCAUUAUUGCAUUUCCAAUGGUUUAUAGAUGGGGUCGUCGAUGGCCAACAUUUUGCUUUUUUCUUAUUGCUGAAGUUUGUCUACUUGGUUCAUUUGCUGCUCGACCCGAAAACGAAGAAUUACGUAAUGCAAUGCUUAUUGUCUAUUUCGUGGGCAAAUUUGCAUCUCGUGGUGGUUUUAUUGUUAUUUUACUUUAUACAUGUGAAAUAUUUCCUACUGGCUUAAGAUGUACAACACUUGGCAUAUGUUAUGCUUUUCGAUUGAUUGGUGUAGCACUGGCUUCAGACACUGUGGCUGGAUUAAACGGUGGAAUGGCUCGUCUUAUAUAUGGUAUAUUAUCAUUAAUUCUUGGUUCAAUGGCACUUUUAUUACCCGAAACUAAAAAAAUUCCAUUACCUCGAACUAUUAUUCAAGUUGAAGUUAUUCCAACAUCAAUAAGUAAAAAUUUUCGUCGUCAUCGUUCUAUACCAGCUAAACGAAAUAUUCGAUCAGAUAGUACACGUCCAGAAGGUGCAAAUACAUUUAAUGAUGGUGCAUCAUCUGUAUCUGGUAUACGUUCAGUUCGUUUUGGUCCAUAUGAUAAUCAAUCAACAUUACAUAGUGUUUAUGAAUUACAAGAAUAUGGACAAGAUGAUACAGUACAUUCAUCAGCAAGUCGAUAUAAUCGACGAAUGGACUUACGUAAUCCAACUAUAUUUCAACCAUAUAGUGGAAAUAAUAUUGAAACGCAUCGACAACAAACACCAAUUGCUGAAGAUGGUGAAUAUGAUGAAGAUGUUGAUGAUGAUCGAACACGUUAUGCUCAACAACAACGACUUACAGAACAUCAUCAUCGUUUUAGUGACCAACAAAUGGCGAAUGUUUGUUCAGAUAAUGAUGUUAUUGUUCUACCAAAUAGAACAAAUAAUAGAAAAUCAUCAAAUAAUUCACCAUCACAACUUGAACUCAAAGCAGAAAUUCAAACAGGUGAUAUAACAAAUGAACGAAAUGGUUUAAUAACGACAAAAUCAACAGUUGAUGAAAGAGUAGAUGAAAAUAAGCCAGACGAAAAUAUGUCUCAAUCAUCAACACGAAUUGUUCAUGAAACAAGAACAUUUCCACCAAAUAUGAGUGAAGAUGAAAAUUAUUUUUCUGAACAUUGUUAG